AUUAACGUUUGCUCCGACUGCAAGAGCAUGGCAAUAGAUAGAUAAUAUUACACGUCACUAUAACACCACCUUAUUAAUUAUUUUAACUGUGAAUAAUAAAUUAAACUUUUAUAUUUAAUAAUCAAUAGUAAGCAACGAAAAAAUGGAGGCACUUUAUCAUCAAACAAAUAAAUUAAUCCAAGAAACUCAGCAUUUAUUCACGCAGCUGGACAGACCUUUACCCAAUGUUGAUGUAAAUACUGUUGAAAGUGAAAUACUUGCUAAAAUAAAUUUAAUAAAUAGCAAUUGUGAAAAAUUGGACGUACUAUGUAUGAAAGGCCCAAUAACCCAAAGACAAAAUGCUAAAAUGAGAGUAGAUCAAUUGAAAUAUGACAGUAGGCAUUUAAGUGCUGCUUUAAAUUCGUGGAGAAGUCAACAGUAUCGUCGUAAACAAGAGGAAGAAGAAAGAGAGGCACUUUUAUCGCGUCAAUUUACCACUAAUGAUCAUAUUGAUAUUAUGAUUGAUCACAAUCUUCAACACAAUGAUCAAGUUAGAAAUGCAAACGAAGGCAUUGAUAAUUUAAUUCAACAUGGUUCGGGUAUUUUAGAAAAUUUAAGAUCACAGAGAAUGACUAUCAAAGGUGCACAUAGACGUUUAAUAGACAUUGGUAAUACUUUGGGUUUAUCAAAUACGACGAUGCGAUUAAUUGAAAAUCGUGCACGUCAAGAUGGUUUUAUCUUAGUCGCUGGUAUUGUUCUUACAUGUAUAAUUAUGACACUUGUUGUAUUGUAUAUGACAUGAACUUUAACUUAUUAAAUUAAAUAUUGCCACUAUUA